AUGUCGACUACCUCUACUUGCCUCCAACUCGAAGAGUUGCAGAAGACCCCAACUAAUUUCCACCAAUACCUGUCUUCGGAGUCUCUUUCAGAUUACUCCAAUGAGUCAAGAUCUGAGAGUGAGCCCCCCUCGCCGCGGUCUGAGGAGUCAAGACAAAAAGUCUUGCUUCUCAAGGGGGCCCGUGAACAGUAUGCAUUGGUAGAUGAUCAUGCUAUUCCUUCUGUCUUGCAUGAUGGAGAGAUUCUUGUCAAGGUUCUUACGAUCGGCCUCAACCCAGUCGACUGGAAGGGACCGGCAUUCAACUUUGGUAUCCCCAGCCUGCCAUGGAUCAACGGGCGGGAUCUGGCUGGCCUUGUACUACAAGUUCCCAAAGGGUCAUCACGUCUUCGCGUAGGCGACGUUGUGUUAGUACCAUCAACAGAUUACCGGGAUAUUAGGAAAGCGGCAUUCCAAGAAUACGCCAUUGCCACCGACUUCAACGCUGCCCGAAUUCCUUCUUCAACAUCUAUUCACGCUUCAGCUUCUGUCGGAGUCGCAUUUGUUGCUGCUGCGUUGGCUUUGGGUGUCUCAUUUGGACUAGACUUCUCCCUCAUCACACAAGUCCCCGGACCUAAUUUGCCCAAUAUCAUCAAAAAGCUCGACAGAAAUGAUAUACCCGCCGAUAUACAUGAAGAAUGCUUUGCCUCAUUAUUGGACUCAGAAAAGCCACAACGUGGAGACUGGGUUGCUAUCUGGGGAGGUAAGACAAUCAAUGCCUCCAUUACUACCUACGAUCUGACCACUAACAUUCAUCCCGCAGCCUCAACAACCACUGGUCUGAUAACUCUUCAACUGGCGAAACUCGCCGGAUUACGUGUGAUAUGCGUAGCCGAUGCAGUACGGCAUGGCGCAAAGCUUGUGAAAUCUGGUGCAGAUCUGCUGGUCGAUCGACAUGACCCUGAUCGUGCAGUGGAAAUUAUUCGCGGUGUCACUGAGGGCAAGCUGCGGUAUGCCAUUGAUAUAGUCGGAAGAGAGACAGCAACGCAGCUUGAAAAGGCUCUUAAUCCUGAUGGACACGCCCAUCUCCUUGGAUUAUCCGGUCUGCCUAAAGAGAAAACCCUCGGGGUACAAUAUCACACUGUGCCCAUCAAGCUCUUCCAUACGGCUCCCACCGUGGGUGAAGCGAUGGUGUGCUGGUUGGAAGAUCUUCUGCACUCGACGAAUCUCACAUUACCGGAAAUUGUUCAUGCAGAAGGUGGGUUAGAAGGUAUCAAUGCGGCGCUUGAGACGUUGCGGAGUGGUUCUGUGUCUGGAAAGAGGAUCGUGGUCGACCUGGGUUCUGCGCCUCGAUAG